CGAGCAUCAGACCAUCAGGAAGAAGAGAAAUCUGCAUAGACCGAGUUUAUUGAAGGACAGUGAGAAGAUGAGUGAUCCAGAACCCUGCAGAAUUAAACAGGAAGAGACUGAAGAACUAAUAGAUGUGAAGGUGGAGAGUGAAGAACUGAAUGAAGAUGAGGAGAAACAUCAUGUCAAAAGUGAAGAAGAAACUCAGUCAGAGAGUGAAAAUAAUAUUUUAAUGCAAAGAAUGGCUGUUAAAAUUUCCACCUGCACUCAGUGUGGAAAGAGUUUCAAGAACAAUUACAAUUUCAAUCAUCACAUGAGGAUCCACACUGAAGAGAAACCUUACAAGUGUUCACACUGCGACAAGAAAUUCGAUUUGUUAGCAAGCCUGAAACGACACGACAGGAUCCACACUGGAGAGAAACCUUACAAGUGUUCACACUGCGACAAGAGAUUCAUUUAUUCAGGACAAUUGAAAAUACAUGAGAGGAUCCACACUGGAGAGAAACCGUACAAGUGUUCACACUGCGAGAAGAGAUUCAAUAAUUCAGGACACCUGAAAUCACAUGAGAAGAUUCACACCGGAGAGAAACAGUUUUACUGCACUGAGUGUGGGAUGAGUUUCAGACAUUCAUCUUCUCUACGAAGACACACACAAAUCUUUCACAACCUGAUGGUGAAGGAGGAGGAAAGUGUCAGUGGUCAACCUUCAUCCUCUUUGUGUGGAAAGAGUUUUACUCAACAAUCCAGUUUAUGGACACAUCAGAGGACUCGCAGUGGAGAGAGACCGCACAAAUGUGAUCAAUGCGGCAAAUCUUUUUUUAGCCGGUCAGAUUUGAAGAUCCAUCUUAGAGUUCAUACAAAGGAGAAGCCUUAUUCCUGCUCUGAGUGCGGAAAGAGUUUCACAACACAGUCACAUUUAAAAGACCAUCAGAAGAUCCACAGUGGCGUGAGAGAGUUUGCGUGCUUUGAGUGUGGGAAGACUUUUAAUAGAGCUGGAAGCUUGAAACAACACCUGGUAAUUCACACUAGAGAGAAGCCAUACCAGUGUUCACACUGCGACAAGAGAUUUGGGCUGCCUGAAUGCCUGAAAAGACACGAGAGGAUUCACACUGGAGAGAAACCGUACAAGUGUUCACACUGCAACAAGAGAUUUCAUUGGUCAGAAAGCCUGAAAAAACAUGAGAGGAUCCACACUGGAGAGAAACCGUACACCUGUACUCAGUGUGGGAAGAGUUUCACACAAUCGUCAACCCUUAAGAAACACAUUAAGAUCCACACCGGAGAGAAAACCAGCUAGGUUUCUAUCCUAAGAUCAAUGGCUUUUACUCUGCUUCUCCCACACACCGGUGUGUAGCCUCAUCCGCCAUGUUGCUCGGCAGUACAUUUGUUACAGCUAAGUAGGCAUGGGCCGGUAUAAGAUUCUGACGGUAUGAUAACCUUGCAUGAAAAUAUCACGGUUUAAUGGUAUUGUGAUUACUGCUCUAAAAUAUAUUCUUUUUAAAUCAGGGUUUCAUCACGUCAAAUUUAAGACUUUUUGAGACCUUUUUAAGACCAUUAUUAUUGUAAUUUCAGACUAGCACAGGGCAAAACGCUGAUAAUUUUCUGUAAUAGCCAGCGGAUUUUUUUUUCUUGCCCAAUUAAAAUAAAAAUUCAGUUAUUUCUAAGCCACAUACUUUAAAUGUGUCAAAACAAGCAAACUCUCUCUCUAUAUAUAUAUUUAUAUUUAUUUAUUUAUUUGUCUUCUAAUCAGGCCAUAUCAUGUUUACGUUAGGUGUCUAAACCUUUCUGACCCAGGCCCCUUACAAAACAAGGAGACAAACAACAUUACACAAUAGAAGUGUAAGAUGAAAGACAAAAACAGAGUAGUCACGCACAGUAAAAUUGAGCAAUAUAGAAAAUGCAUUUACAUCUGAAAGAUAAAUAUAAAUGAA